AUGGCUGACAGCUCGAGCCACCCCGUGCUGGUUUAUCAACCGGCGCCAGUUCCCGUCACUCCGCGGUCCUCCCCUCAGCCUCACCACCCUGAUUCGGUGAGCGAGCCUGCGCGUUCUCCCAAGCGGAAGCGCAAGGAGCUCAUGGAGGUGUGCUGGGGCGAUGCCUUUUCGGGCGGCAACCUGGGUUGCGCAAAAAUGUCUCAUCGGCCCAAGGGCGCCUUCAGAGAGCACUUUUGCAGGCGAUGCCGGGAGCAGGGCGUGUGUGUGCCCAUCUCGAGGGUGCGCGUGCCCGUCGGCGAGGGCUCCGGGGAGAUAGGCAACCGCAAGACGGGCGGCUGCUGGAACGAGCCGUCCCUGGCCUCGCAUCUGCCUGCGCACCGCGUCAUCGGCAGAGCCAAGGACUGCGCGGGCCCCGUGCUCGUCAUAUUGCGGGACGAGGCUCCGCCGCUGCCCGGCCUCGCCGAGGCCGCCGCGCUCUCCCUCUCCGAUCCGGUCCGCUUCCGCGUCGGCCGCACGCUCAUACCUCCACCGAUGGCGGCCGUGGUCGCCGUGCCAGCGCAGCACCAGUUGUCGCCGGGCCUGAGGCUGCGCCGGCUCCAGCAGGCGCGCACCAGCGCCUUGGGCCUAGCCAACACCUGCUCCCCUCCGAGCUGGGCUGCGCCGAGGCCCUGUGCCUUCUGCGUGCGCCGCCCACCGGGAAAAUAUUUCGGCAGAAAAGGGCACAGUCCACAGAGGCGUGUGUCAAUAUGGUUUUCGUUUAUGGUUUAA